CCGCACGCCCACACCGCCGGUGACUCGUCACUCCGCGCUGGAAGAUGGCUGCGGCGGACCGGCCCCCUGUUAGGGAAGGGAUCCGGAUAGUUUUUCUGUGUAUGGGCUGGUACACGGUCAGCUCGGGGGGAAACAUCGUUAACAAAAUUAUCCUCAAUGGAUUCCCGUACCCGGUCACUGUCUCUCUGUUUCAUAUUAUUUCCAUCGUCGUUUUCCUCCCGCCGUUGUUGCGGGCAUGGGGAGUCCCCAAAUCAGAACUGCCCAGCAAGUACUACCAGUGGUACAUCCUGCCUUUGGCUUUCGGGAAAUACUUUGCAUCCGUGUCGGCUCACUUCAGCAUAUGGAAAGUACCAGUUUCGUAUGCGCACACCGUCAAAGCUACAAUGCCAAUAUGGGUGGUGCUUUUGUCAAGGAUUAUCAUGAAGGAGAAGCAAACCACAAAGGUUUAUGUAUCGCUCAUCCCCAUCAUUGGAGGAGUGCUGCUGGCCACGGCGACUGAGCUGUCCUUCGAUGUGUCUGGACUCAUCAGUGCUCUGGCUGCCACGCUGUGCUUCUCUCUGCAGAACAUCUUCUCCAAGAAGGUGUUGCGCGACACAAGGAUCCACCACCUACGGCUGCUCAACAUCCUGGGCUUUAAUGCGGUCAUCUUCAUGGUGCCCACCUGGGUUCUGGUGGAUCUCUCUGUGUUUCUUGUAAAUGGAGAUCUGGCCGACGUCUCCGAAUGGACAGGGACCUUUGUCCUCCUGCUCAUCAGCGGAUUUUGCAACUUCGCUCAGAACGUCAUCGCCUUCAGCGUGUUGAACAUCGUCAGCCCGCUCAGCUACGCCGUGGCCAACGCCACCAAGAGGAUCAUGGUCAUUAGCAUCUCGUUGCUGAUGCUGCGCAACCCGGUCUCCCUCACAAACGUCAUGGGUAUGAUGACGGCCAUUGUCGGGGUCUUCCUCUACAACAAGGCCAAGUACGACGCUAACAAGGAGAAGAAGAAGCUGCCAAGCACCCAUCAGGACCUGGUAUCCUUUGACAACCCGGUGCUAGAGAAGCUGCAGGCCAACGGGUCAGUGCCUUUCCCCCACGGCUCAGAGCAGCAGCACAAAUGGAACAACGUGCUCACCGACCACUUCCAGUACAGCCGCCAGGCCUACACGUCAAAAUACAACAGCAACCACCAGUACGUGGUGUGAAGGAGGAGUCUGUCAUAGACAUGACUGUGUUGCCGCCACCCUCCCCCCAUCCCCCCUCCAGCAGUGGGACACAGCUUUGCUCCCAACAUCAGACUGAAGGCAAGCGCUGUUUGUUCUGGAUGGGGACAACAAGGCGGCCGGUGGCGUGACCUCUCCCACUCUCCUCCGUUUGUAAACUUCACUUCCUGUCAGGUUUGCUGUGUGUCAUUGUUUAUUUAUUCGUUUGGUACCAUCUGUGUGUGAUUGUUUAAGAGGAAACAACUUCAAUGACGUGAUUUGAGGAAUAUGUCACAGCAGGUGGACAUGUGCAAGGUAGCUGAUGAAUUUUACCCGUACUGUCUGAAUAAGUUUUGUUUUUACAACUAGCCAUCGUUUUUUGAUUUAGGGGUUAUUUUAUUCACUUUCAGAUGAAAGGAUGUCAGCUGUAAUUGUUGGUGAAGGCUAACGCCAAAACAAAAGUCCUGUUACAUAUUUUUAACAAACAAACAGCAGGAAACUGUAAAAAUGCUGGUUUGGGGCAUUUGGUAUUAAGCUAAUGAUGUGAAGACAAAAUAUCUGUCGGAAUCGUUGACCUAAUUCGUUCUUACGCAAUGCAUUCUUUAAACUCUUCAUGCAGAUGAAACUGACGCUCAUCAGGCCAAGUCUUCAGAUUUGAUGCCAUAAUUAAGUAGGGUUUUUUUCCCUGAUGCUGAAUCCACGGAUGGCAAUGUUGGGGUCACCAGGAAGUUGAUCUCUGUGGUUUUAAGUGAAAUACGGUUUAGCGUUUGAAUAGAUUGUCUAACUUUAGUUCAGUUAUUCCCCCUCAUGAUGGAUUGUGAUAACACUUGUGACCUUCUGACUUUGUUCUUGAGCCCCCACAAAGUCAAAAUCCAUAACGGAAUUCCUGCAAAAAUAAGGACAAUUCCCAUCAGCCUGAGCUGUACUCUGUGUUUAGCGUUAGCAUACAAGCAUGGCAUACUAACACGGUGAACAUGGU